AUGUCGAUGAGUUCAUUUUAUCUCGUUGAUUAUGGGUAUCCAUGUACUAGAGGUUUGCUUCCUCCUUAUAGGGGUGAAAGAUAUCAUGCCCAAGAAUAUAGAGGCCAAGGUAGACAACCUAGGAGUCCCGAAGAGUUAUUUAACUACAGACACUCAUCUCUACGGAUGACAAUUGAACGUUGUUUUGGGGUGUUGAAAAAUAGAUUUCCUAUUUUGAAGUUGAUGCCUCCUUAUAAACCUUCCAGACAAAGACUUAUAGUGAUAGCUUGUUGUACUAUUCAUAACUACAUACGUAAGUGGAAUUUACCAGAUGAAUUAUUUAACAUAUGGGAAAUAAUGGAUCCUAUGGAACUUGAGAGGGUGAAUGAAAGUUCAGGCAUAGAAGGAACAAGCUCCAACGAUAACUUAACUAGAUUAUUUGAUGAAGGUGCGGUUGAAAUGACAAUGAGUAGGAAUCGUAUUAGAGAUAGGAUGUGGGUACACCAUCACAAUUAG